AUGCUGGGCCAAGCUCCUCUGGGCCAUAUCAAAUCGGUUUCAAUAGCUGAAAAAGUCAAAAGAAUUUUAAUUUGUCUUGGAUUCUACACUUUGUCUGAUCCAUUGGAGCAGGAAUACGAAUCAGCUACUGAAUUUCAAGAAGACUUCCAGAAGGUUCUAAAUCAGAGGGAUACAGUUUUGCAAGAAUUCAAAGUCAGAUGUGAUCAACAGGAUUCGAAUGUCAUUGAGCUUCUGAGCAAACAAUCGAAAAUUCCAACAGGGAAGGUUACAUUGGAAGUGGCGAAUUCGAGACAAGCAAUGCAAAUUUUCCCUAUUUUGGAUGCGGGACCUCUGAAAUCGAUUGAUCUGAAAUUGAAAAAUGAUAGUCAACUUUGGGAUGAUCAGAGAUUGAUUCAAGUUUGGAGGGACAAGGAAGGACUGGAGAUGGAAAUAAUUUUGGAAGAAUUGAUUAAAGAAAAUAUGGAUUUUUUGAAAAAGAUUCUCACCAACUCCCGAAUCUUCCGUAAAAUCUCCAUUUAUUUUGAAAAAAUCGAUUUAGGACAAUUCAACAAACUUUUCGGACCGCCAUCAGGAAUUCAAGAAAAUUCUGAAAUUCGGAAAAAUCGGAUUUCUCGAGAGGAGCAUCUUCGAAUUUAUCGUGAUUUGGUCAGAAACCGUAUCCAAUUUUCUCAAGAGCCAAUGGAGCAAAGAAUAGUUUCAGCUUUGGAAGUUUUCAGUAAUUCUACAAUUUUGGGAAAUGUCGCGAAGUUUUUGGAUGGAAUUGACAUGCAAUCCCUUCGAAAAGUCUGCAAAGACCUUCGUUUUGGUUUGGAUUCUCUGAAGUUGGAUCCAAAGUUUCAGCAAAUAUCAAUCGACAUUCGAGAGCCCGGACAAGUUACCGUAUCCUACAACGAUCAAAAACCAAUCACUUAUCGGGAAUUCGAUUCAAACGAAUCUUAUCAAUCAAAGUUUCUGGAAGAUUUCAAAAUUAUGAUGAGCAAUCAGGAAACAGUUUUGAAAUCAGUUUAUCUCAAUUUUUACAAGGAUCCUCAAUUAUUGGACCAUUUCAAAAUGGAAUUUCUAGAAUCCAAGGGUCUGAAGGUUGAAAAUCUGGAGAUGGAGGUGUUCGGUCAGCAUGAAAUCCUUUCCAUUUUUCCACUUAUCGAUUCGGUUUCUCUGAAAAAAUUGGAGAUCAAAUGCCCAGUUUCUGGGAAGUUUCAGAGAUUUCUGUCAGUUGAUGAGAUUUCAAAAUUGGAUCAAUGGAGAAAUUUGGAAGAAUUGGUGGUCAAUUCCUUUGUGGUUUAUACACCAAUCAGAGAAUUAUCGAUUGAACGAUUGGCAAUUGCGGAUAUUUUGAUGGAUACUGUAUCAAUGAGUGAUUUGAUCCACUUGAAAGAUGUGAAGCUUCAAGUUUCGGAGAACCUCAUCAAAAUCAAAAUUGAGUUUCAAAACUUUUUCGAUGACAACGACACAAACCUUGACGACUUUCCUGGAUUUGACAGCAACCAAACCGACGUUUGGUACUUCAGAAUUCCGAAUACCGAAAAAAUUUUCUACGUCUUCUACAACGCUUCCAAGUCUAUCACAUUUUCUCGAAUUGAGUUAUAUGGGGUUCCUGGAAACGCAAGGGUUCUUUGA